UCCAUUUGACAGUCGUGCGUAUCUGUUUGCAGGAGUUGUGUCAUAUACAGUGACCUGGUUUCUGGAAACAACGGACAAUGGCAUCCGGCGACGGAAUUCAGAUACCGAGCCGUCUCCCGCUGCUGCUGAGCCAUGAAGGGGUGCUCCUCCCGGGCUCCACCGUUAGGUUCACCGUGGACUCUCCGCGGAACAUGCACCUGGUCAGCCAGCGGCUGUUGAAGGGGACUUCUCUGAAAAGCACAAUCAUAGGAGUAAUCCCCAACACCAGAGACCCAGAACACGACACCGACGACCUACCCACCUUACACAAAAUUGGUACAGCAGGGAUAGCAGUGCAGGUGGUGGGCAGCAACUGGCCAAAGCCCCACUACACCCUCCUCAUCACUGGAUUGUGCCGCUUCAGCGUGUCAACUCUGCUGAAGGAGCGACCCUUUGUCCUGGCGGAGGUGGAGCAGUUGGAUAAACUGGAGCAGUACACGACCCCAGUAACAGAGGGUGCCACGGCCAAAGGUGGAGAGCUGGGGGAGCUGUCCCACAAGUUCUACCAGGCUGCUAUACAGUUGUUGGGUAUGUUGGACAUGUCAGUUCCAGUGGUGGCUAAGUUCAGGCGUCUGCUGGACAGUCUGCCCAGGGAAACUCUACCUGAUGUGGUAGCCUCCAUGAUCCGCACCUCAAACAAGGAAAAACUACAGGUCCUGGAUGCGCUGACCUUGGAGGAGCGAUUUAAGAAAGCUCUGCCCAUGUUGACCAGACAGAUAGAGGGACUAACACUGCUGCAGAAAACCAGGAAAAUAAGUCCUGAAAAGGAGAAGAGGGUGUUAUCAGUGCGUAAAGGUGGAGCGCUCCGGGGCCGGCAGUUCAACCUGGAAGAGGAAGCUGAAGAUGAGGAUGGCGAUGACACUGCAGUCUUGGAAAAGAAGGUCCACGCGGCCAAGAUGCCUGAAGCCGCUCUCAGAGUUUGCCUCAAAGAGCUCAAGAGAUUGAAGAAGAUGCCUCAAUCCAUGCCUGAAUUCUCUCUGACCAGAAACUACUUGGAUUUGAUGGUAGAGUUGCCAUGGAGCAAAAGCACCAAAGACUGCCUGGAUAUCCAAGCUGCUCGCACUCUAUUGGACAACGAUCACUAUGCCAUGGACAAGCUGAAGAGACGCGUGCUGGAGUACCUGGCUGUUAGACAGCUGAAGGCUUCUUUGAAGGGACCCAUCCUUUGCUUUGUGGGGCCCCCGGGAGUUGGGAAGACCAGUGUAGGACGCUCCAUAGCCAGGACCCUGGGCAGAGAGUUCCACCGCAUCGCUUUGGGAGGCGUCUGUGACCAGUCUGACAUCCGUGGACACAGACGCACAUAUGUAGGGAGCAUGCCCGGCCGCAUUAUCAACGGUUUGAAGACGGUUGACGUAAAUAAUCCUGUGAUCCUGCUGGAUGAGGUUGACAAGCUGGGGAAGAGCCUGCAAGGAGACCCGGCGGCUGCACUGCUGGAGGUCCUGGACCCAGAGCAGAACCACAGCUUCACAGACCAUUACCUCAAUGUGGCCUUUGACCUCUCCCAAGUGCUCUUCAUUGCCACUGCAAACACCACGGCGACCAUUCCUCAUGCCCUGCUGGACAGGAUGGAGGUGCUGCAGGUACCAGGCUACACUCAGGAGGAGAAGGUGGAGAUAGCUCACCGUCAUCUGAUCCCAAACCAGCUGGAGCAGCACGGAUUAACACCUCAACAGCUGCAUAUACCACAGGACAGCACACAGGAUAUAAUCAGCAGUUACACCCGUGAGGCGGGUGUGCGCUCCCUGGAGAGGAAGUUUGGGGCGAUCUGCCGAGCGGUGGCUGUGAAAGUUGCCGAAGGUCACAGAGUCACCGUGACGGAUGCUUCGACCUCCAAGCGUCCGGCGCUGCAGGGGGGAUUCAAUUCAUUUCAUGUGUGCUCAGACAAGGCCGCCGUCCCAGAGAUGCCCAUAGUGAUCGACCACGUGGCCCUAAAGGACAUCCUGGGUCCUCCCCUGUUUGAAAUGGAGGUGUCUGAGAGGCUCACCCUGCCAGGUGUGGCUGUGGGUCUGGCCUGGACCCCCCUCGGUGGGGAGAUUCUGUUUGUGGAGGCCAGUCGGAUGGAGGGAGAAGGUCAGCUCACUCUGACCGGACAGCUUGGAGACGUUAUGAAAGAAUCUGCCCAUCUGGCUAUCAGCUGGCUCAGAGCGAACGCUAAAACCUACCAGCUCACCAACAUGGGGGGCGGUCCAGACCCGCUAGAAGGGACAGACAUCCACCUCCACUUCCCAGCUGGAGCCGUCACCAAGGACGGCCCCUCUGCAGGUGUUACCAUAGUAACCUGUCUAGCCUCACUCUUUAGCGGCCGAUUGGUCAGAUCAGACGUUGCCAUGACAGGAGAGAUCACGCUGAGAGGGCUGGUGCUGCCGGUGGGCGGUAUCAAGGACAAGGUCCUGGCGGCCCACAGGGCCGGAGUGAAGCGCGUCAUCCUCCCGAAACGCAACCAGAAGGACCUGGAGGAGCUUCCAGCCAAUGUCACAGCCGACCUCGACUUUGUCACAGCCGCAAACCUGGACGAGGUGCUGAACGCCGCCUUUGAUGGAGGGUUUCCAGGGAUAGCCAGCAGCCACACCCAGCCUCAACUGACCAGCAAACUGUAGCCCACCGAUGAAAACACACACACAGUAACAAUGUAAAGUGAAGGAUGUGUUGCUCAAUAGACCUAACAGAGGAGAAUGGGUCAUCAGCUUGGACAUCUUAGGGUCUAAUGUCUUUUGAAAUUGAAAAGAUAAUUUGAGAUAAAUGAAGCUACAAUCUCUCUGUUGAGAGCUGAUAAUGGUAUGGCCUCUUUGUUAAUCACAUAUUGGCAGUAAAGCCAUUCAGAGUGUUGUCAUGUUGGUGCCUCUUGGGGUUCAGCCUUUGGUUUUCUAGACUUUGUGAAUGCGAUGGUGGAAAAUGAUGGAAUGUGUUCAGGCGACAAAUUUCCCUGACGUUGAUACGGAAGUUUAAACUUAGACUAGUCGACUAGUCGAAAUAGAAAAUGGUAUAUAUGUGUAUAAGAGCCAUUUGAAAUUGUUAAUCACAUUUUUCAAUAAACAAAACAGAUUUUAAAUGUCCCCGCUUUUCACCUUAGAGAACAAGGCAGAACAAGGCAGGGUGGACGUGAGUCAGGAGCGGCUGAUGAUUCAGAUCGGAGCGGCGGGCCUGUUGGGUGGGUGUUUACCUUGAAAAUGCAGAUUUUUAAAAAUGUUAGCUGUGGAAAUCUUACAACAAAUAGCAACUAAAGACUAGUUUGAUCAAUACAGAAUGUAUCAGAUACCAGACUGAGACCCUGCCUGCCUGAGGAAACAAUUUCUCUGGACAAAUAUUUUUACUACGACAGAAUCUUAAUCCAAAAUGAAUUUUUUUUUCUGGCUGAAUUAAUCAGACCCAUUUAAUGUCUGGAGUCCUGUGCAUCAUGUGUGUCGAGGGUUAAAAUUAAAACAAAAAAAGGUCAGACUAAUUGUAACUGUAUACAUCAAUAAUAUACAUUGCUAGUUAAAAAUGACUUGUAAAAACUGCUUUAUAUUUUGUCUUUAACCUUGAUGACGACGACGAUAAGUUCAUUUUAUUUUUCAACUCCUUUUUCACAGCGGCCAUAUCAUGAAGGAAGUACCUUUUCGGUGCUUGGGCACUUAUAUAUUUAUGUAUCUGGAUUGCCUUUCAACCUACAAACUGUGAAAUAAAGCAAGUCAGUUUUUUGUGGGCUGCUUGGAUCAGAAUGUGAUUCAACAAGCCAUUCAGAUUUGUAUAUAUUUAUAUACAGUGGGUACGGAAAGUAUUCAGACCC